AUGUUAUUCACAGCAAAAAGAUGUGUCACCAGCGGCCUUUGUAUCUCCAAACAAUUCAACCAUAAUACCCUUAUGCUAAAGCAACACCUUCGAGAUGUGAUGCCAUCCCCGUUAUCAGGAAAUUUAUUGGUGAACAAAAUAAAUAAUAAUAGUAAUAAAACUCUAGUGAUGCGAGAUGCUUCUAAAGGAGAAAUUAAGAAAAAUGCUCAAGAUGCAGGUGACGCACAAUCAAAGCUAAAACUGCCAAAUGAUACAAUAAGACAACAUCUCAAAGAUGAGGUGGUCUCGACACUAUCAGGAAACAUAUUCAUGAAUGCAGAUGGAGAACAGGCUAAUAGAAGUGCUCAAGCAGAUAGUAACAUUAUGGUAAAAGCAGACAAAAACAACAUGGCGAACUACUUUUGCCUACAUGUUCCUGAUUUAUUCCAGACCAAAGCUUCUACAGUAAAAAUACAUGAACAUUUUAAAAGGGAGAUGAUUUCCCAAUUUGCAAAUAACAUAUUGAUGAAUAGACAAAGUGGCCAGAAAACUACCACACCAAUAAAAGGAGGGCUUUGUGGAAAAGAGACCAAAAUAAAGCUUCAGGAGUAUAACGUCAUACUGAGCCCUCCAGAUAGCUUAAAAGGAUUAAAGUGUGCAGAAACUGGAAAGAACAAGCAAAAUUUCCAAACAAAUGCUGUACCGCCAUUGUCAGGGAAAAUUUGUGUAGCAAUGCAGGUACGAUUCCAAGUAAGUACUGAGAUGCAUAAUGAAGGUAAAAAAUGUAAAAUCAUUCCGAAAUGCAACCAACCCAACAGCAGCUUCAAUAUUCCUAAAAUAAGUGCAUCUAGCGCGUGUAACAAACCCACACUUUAUAACAACCAGUGUAAACCUAAGACUAAGUAA